AUGCUUCACAAAAUGUUCCUCACAUUUAUUGUUCCUGAGAUUGAGUAAGAAUAUAGAUUAAAUUAUUAACCAUAUAUGAUAAAUGAAUAUAAAACUUUGACUACUCUCAUAUUGGUAUAUGUUAUUAUUAUUCUUAGUUUGUUGGAACAUUUUUCAUAUUAUCCUUUAUAAGUGAAUAAAACUAUUAUUAUGCACUUUAUGGUUUACUAUGUGGUAUUCCUGUUAUGAUGUCUCGAUAUUUUGUAAGUAAAUAUCCUAAAUUCUCAAAUUUUGUAUACCCUUUCUUACAAAUUACAGUGACAAUAAUAUACAACAUUUUCUCUUUAGCUAAAAAUUAAGAUGAUGUACCAUAAAUGUAUUUCAGAUAUUAAUGGUAUUAUGGAUUUUUUGCUGCUAUUAGUCAUAUAUGUAUAAAUAGGUUAAUAUAAAUAGGCAUAUAUUUAUAAGGAACAAUAUUGUGUUUUUAGACUAUAACUAUGAUUGGCAUUUUAGCAUGGCAUAUAUCUAGAUUUGAUUUUUCAAGUCCAAAUGGAGCAUAUAUUACUGUUUAAAUAGCAAUCGUAUUUGUAGUAGUGUUUUUUUGUAGAAGAGAAUAAGAGAGAAAUAAAAGAUUAAGUUAUCUAAAAUAUAGAGAAAAUAUGAAGUGGUUUUAAAUUAUGGACAAGAUAGUUAAAAAAUGGACUAUGUUUGUUUAAUUUGACAAAUCUUAAGAUUAAUUAUUUUUAGUUCAGUAAUCUAAAGCAUCAUAAUCUGAAUUUAUGAUUUAAAAUGAUUAAGAGUUUCGUUCAUUUUUAAGAAAUGUAAGUAAUCACAUUUAAUUAGAUUUAUAUUGAAUAAACAAGUUCUUUAAAAACCUAAUCAGGUUAAACUACUUUAGAAGAUAUUCUUAGAUAGCUUCUAAAUACUAAGAUUUGUUAAUUUGAUACAAUAAAUAAUCUAAAAGAUUCUUUAUAUUAUAGAUAUGUAGGAUAUUAACAGUAAACAGGAAGAUAUUUAAAGAUAAAACUAGUAGAGUAUUAUUUGUCUGAUUCUAAAAUGAUUAUUAUGAUCCUGUAGAAUGAUUAAUAAAAAUUAAACGAAGCAUGGAAAAAGUAUGUUGCAGUGGAAAAUUAUUUUAGAUUUUUAACAAAUUAAUCGAUUAGAUUGAUUUAAAAAAUUACAUAGGUAAUAUCUAUUAAAUAUUUGAAUCUUCAUAAUUUAAUAGACGAAUAUAAUUAUUUUAAUGCAGCUUAUAUAUGGUUAAAUACUAAUAAAUAUGUAUAACAUAGAAGUGAAGUUAAUAUAAACAAAGUAGAGUAUCAGCUUAAGAAUAUAUUCAAAAAGUCAAUUUAAAUUGAGUAUAAUGGAUAAGAAAGAUUAUUUUAAUCUUCUCUCUAAGCAAUUAUGUUUAUAUGUGUCAAUCUUAUAAAAUACUUAUAAUCCUAAACAAAAUCUAAUAUUAAAAUUAAAAUAGUGGAACAAAUUCAACAACAAGUUAGAUAUUUUGAAUUUUAUUUUGAAACAUAGGAUUUUAAGUUAAGAUCGAAUUUGAUACAUUUAUUUUAAGAAAAUAAAUAUUAUGAAAAGCGAAAGAUUUAAUAUGAUGAUUAAAAUUUUAAACGUAUAAUGGAUUCAUACAUAAACUUUUUAGAAAUAAUGGAAUCUAAUAUAUAGACAAGUUUAGUAAUGGCAAUUAUAAAAUUUCUUCUAUCACAUUUUGGUUUAACAAAUAGAAUUGAAUAUAAAAAAAACUAAAUUAAAAUAUGUUUUAUCGAUUUAGAUUCGUUAAAAGACUGUUGA